AUGAGGUCGAUCACAACUUUGUUUUUCCUUUUCUGCUUCCUUGCUCCUUCUGCUUUGGCCCAGCUCCGAUUUGGCUUCUACGGCCGAUCAUGCCCACGAGCAGAAUCUAUUGUUGCUAAUGUUGUUGCCAACCGUUUCCGCCGUGACCGUAGCAUUACUGCAGCGUUGCUUCGUAUGCAGUUUCAUGAUUGCUUUGUCAGGGGUUGUGAUGCUUCCCUCUUGAUCGACCCAAGACCCGGAAGGCCUUCAGAGAAAAGCACUGGACCAAAUGCAAGCGUUAGAGGCUACGAGAUCAUUGAUGAGGCUACGAGACUUCUCGAGGCUGCGUGCCCCCGAACUGUCUCAUGCUCAGACAUUGUAACUCUAGCCACUAGAGACUCGGUCGCAUUAGCUGGUGGUCCAAGGUUCUCAGUACCAACAGGAAGACGUGAUGGAUUAAGGUCAAGCCCCAAUGAUGUGAACUGCGGUUGA